AUGGUGCCUACUGCGAUAUCCGUUGGAACACCUUUCAGCGUUCGCGAUAUUCUUAACGGAGAUCAACAAAUGAAUGCAAUGGAUUGUUAUCCUCAGCAUCAACAAAGUGAACCACAAAGUCAGAUACAUUCAGUUCACCAGGAUUACUAUUCAUACAACAUGAUUCCAGAAGGAAAUUGGAAUGUUGAAAAAUUCAAAGAAGAACCUGUAUCCAGCUACCAAAGUUACCCUGAGAUGAGCCACGUUCACCAGUUGAGCCAAGUUGAACCACCUUAUCACGAAUCACCUGUCGUUGAAGACGGUAAUGUAGUCACAUCGAGCAGAACAGAAUUACGAAAAAGUCAAACAGGAAAGAGGACCAAAAGAAAACCUAGAGUGCUCUUUUCACAAACUCAAGUUUACGAACUCGAACAACGUUUCAAACAACAACGAUACCUGAGUGCUCCAGAACGAGAAAUGUUGGCCCAAAAUCUGAAGUUGACCAGCACUCAAGUCAAAAUAUGGUUCCAGAAUCGCCGCUACAAAAAUAAAAGAGCUCGCCUCGACGACGCCGAGAAGCUUCAAAGCCAGAAUCAGAAAAGCAAUCAACCCUUGAAGAAAACUUCGGUUUCAGUUCUAAUCAAGGAUGGCAAGCCUAGUCUGCAUGAUGCUUAUAACCCCUACUGGUCGAACUACAGAGGAGAAGUGAAUCAAGGGAUUCAAGCGGAUUUUAAAACUAGCGAUAUACGUCUGAGUCCUGAUUUCAGAUGCAGUUCGAGUGAAAUGAGGAUAGAAAACAGUAUCACUCCUGACUUUCGGAUGGAGAUGAACCCUGAAAUUAUUCACAGAACAAAUAUGAAUAUGAAUGUACAUCGACAGAUGGUUCACGAAGAAAUGAAACCUUUAAAAAUGGAAUUCAAGACUUAUUUAGGAAGCGAAAUGUAUACAGAUUCAAAAGUAAUAUCUUCAGAACCCAAAUCUUUGGGAAUUGAUAACCGAACAACGAUUGAUCCUCUCAAUGCUGAUUAUAACUAUCAAAACUAUUUUGGACCAACAAAUUUUCAAAUGCAAUAUGCUAACUACAUGGAUCAGAUCUCUGCAGAUCAGAACAUUCAACGACUAUGGUAGAAACGUAUCAUUUUCAUUAGGGUAAAUAAAAACUGGUGAUUUAUGUGCACUUAUAAGUAAUGAGUUAUAAAAAUUGGAUAUCAUAUGAUAUAAAAUUCAUAUAGUUCAGAUAGAUUCACCUAGUAGAAUAAGAGACAAAGGAGGGUACAGUUGAGGGCGAAAAACAUACAAAACUUGUAAAUUAUGUGUGAUGUUCUACAGUACUUAUGCUUUAAAAAUAUUUUAGUUAAUAAUAUCUUAGUCAGAUUAGUAUUUUAGUGCAACACGAGUAUAACUUACUAGUUUAGAAAAACCAACCGAAGCAUGCAUUACACCUAUAUGCACAAUCUAAAUGUACUUUCUUGAUAGUUGAUUCAUAGUGAAACUUACUGAUGAAAGACAUUUCAAAUCUCUUUUCCAUCUCUUCAUUUCACAAUAGUUUUCUCAGUAAUUCAUUAGUCAUCUUUUGAAAUAAUAUUAAGUUUAGUAACUCGAGAGUGAAAAUACGAAACUCUAUUUUAACUAGACUGUGAUGAUUAAAUCCAAAAACAAAAAGGUACCAAGAAUGUAUAACCAAAGGAGCAUUGUACAUAAUAUAAUAUAGUCUUCGUUUCCUAUUUCGCACAAACUUAUAUGUAAUUAUGUAUCUAUGUAUAUUUUUAUGUUAUAAGAAUUAAAAUAUCGCAUAGUUCUCACGGGAAAAAUGACAGUUGGCUUUUUCAUGCAAGGUGUAUUCCAUUUUUUAUGUUAAGGCGUAAAGUGGCGCUUGACGAAUCCCAAACGGAAACUGUGCUUAAGAUUCAAGUGGUGGCUUUUUCGAAAAUGGGUCCAUCACGGACCACAUACUCUAAUCUAGGACGCACACCUGUACUUCAAAACUAUUCACAUGUCUUUGAAUUUUAAGCACUG